GCCCCGACAGCCGGACACCGGGCGCUGCAGGCUGCGGAAGGGUCGGGCGAGACUCGUGGAGAAAUGCCAGGGAAGCAGCCCGAGACUGGUCCAACAGAGGCACCUGAGGAUGGCGCCGCGGACAGCCUGGGCAGCCUCACGGCGGAGGAGCUGCAGCAGGGCCAGGAGGCGGCACUGGCGCUGGAGGACAGGAUGGCGCUGAGUGCGCAGACCCUGGUGCGGGCCGAGGUGGAGCAGCUCUACCAGGAAGUGCGGCCCCUGGGCCAGGGCCGCUUCGGCCGUGUGGUGCUGGUCACUCACCGGAAGAAAGGCACAUCCCUGGCACUGAAGCAGCUCCCCAAGACCUCCACAUCCCUGCGUGGCUUUCUGUAUGAGUUCUGCGUGGGCCUCUCGCUGGGCACCCACCCGGCCAUCGUGGCAGCCUAUGGCAUCGGCAUUGAGUCUGCCAACUCCUACAGCUUCCUGACAGAGCCUGUUCUGCAUGGGGACCUCAUUACCUUCAUCCAGCCCAAGGUGGGGCUCCCGCAACCUGCAGCCCAGCGCUGCACAGAACAGCUGACCUCAGCCCUGGAGCACAUCCAUGACCGUGGCCUGGUGUACCGGGACCUCAAGCCGGAGAAUGUGCUGGUGUGUGACCCAGCCUGCCAGCGUAUCAAGCUGGCCGACUUUGGCCACACUCGGCCCCGCGGGACCCUGCUGCGCCUGACUGGGCCGCCCAUCCCCUACACAGCCCCCGAGCUGUGUGCUUCACCGCUGCUGCCCGAGGGGCUACCCAUCCAGCCGGCCCUGGAUGCAUGGGCCCUGGGCGUCCUGGUCUUCUGCCUCCUCACCGGCUACUUCCCCUGGGACCAGCCACUGGAGGACACCGACCCCUUCUACGAGGACUUCCUUGUGUGGCGGGCCUCAGGUCAGGCCCAGGACCGGCCUCAGCCCUGGUUCGGCCUGACACCUGCAGCGGACACCCUGCUGUGUGGGCUGCUGGACCCUCACCCUCGAAGAAGGAGCCCUGUGGGUGCCAUCCAGGGCUUCCUGGGGCGGCCCUGGCGACAAGAUGGGGAGGCCUCGGGGCUGGCAGUGGAGGCCGGGGAGGGUGGGCGGUGAGGCCUGCAGGCUCGGGCUCGGGUGCCCCCUUCAUCUCGGGGACCCCUUCCCUGUGUGCAGGCCUUGCUCCCAGGGACACCGCAGUCUUCUCCUGCCCCGGGGCACUGUGCCUGUCCUCAGCCGUCCUUCGCUCUCCCCCGAGUUACUGCGCUGGCCCGGGCACCAUGGUCCACGCACCCUCUGCCCCGCGUCCCUCACUUCCCCGAGGCCCGAAGCCUCUGUCGGCCUGAUUCCCCGGGUUCUUUCAGGAGCUCCCAGAGAGCUGGGGUCCGAGCC